AGGCAGACAAACAGACAGACCGAGAAAACUUGUGACUAAAGCAGCAGGGGAGAAGCAGCUCUGCCGGAUAAAAAACUGCACCUUCAGUCUCUCCAUCUCCAACAGACAACAUGGACUGCGGGAUUUUCACGUCCAAGACCGUCCUCCUCUUCCUCAGCUUGAUAUUUUGGGCUGCAGGAGCGGCGUUGGCCUACGUCGGUGCCUAUGUGAUCAAGAGCUAUGACAACUUUGAAAGUUUCAUUCAGGACAGGUACACACUGAUCCCUGCAGCCAUCAUAAUCGGCGUCAGCGUCGUCAUGUUCAUUUUUGGUCUGGUGGGAUGCUGCGCCACCAUCCGGGAAUCCAAAGUCGGCCUUACCUUUUUCUUCAUGAUCAUCAUGCUGAUCUUUGCAGCUGAAGUGGCUGCUCUGGUAUUCAGCUUCAUCUACCAAGGCAAAAUAAAUGCAAACCUGGAGCACUCAAUGAAUGACGUCUUCAUGAAGUAUGACGGACAGGGCACUGAGACGAAAGCUGUGGACUACCUGCAGACUCAGCUGCAGUGCUGUGGUGUCAUGAAUUACACCAGCUGGUCUAACACCACCUGGUUCAGCAACCACAACAACACAGUGCCAAUGUCCUGCUGUAAAAACAGUACGACACAGUGCACUGGCAGACUGGACCAGCCAGAACUACUUAACACACAGGGUUGUCAGCCGAAGCUGGAUCGCCUCCUACAGGAUGUGUUGGGUUAUGCCAUGCUGGUCAUUCUGGGCUUCGCCAUCAUCAAGUUCUUUGGGAUGCUGAGUGUGUGUGUGAUCACCUGUAAAACUAGCAACCGGAGAAGCGGCUACCAGCCUCUGUAUGCCUGAACCACUACCUGCACAUGCUGAUCUACCACCUCCUCAUGUUGCUUGUCUAGGUUUGCAGACCACUCACUCAGCAGUGUACAUACACUUCUAGGUCAAUCAUUGUAAAAGUCUUAAGAAGGACUUCAGUCUUUUCCAACCUUUGUUUUUGUUUGUAAGUGAGGGGAUCUCAAUUUUUGAUAUCGAUCCAGUAUUGAGAGAGAAACUGUUUGUUACUGGAAUCUGUGAAGCAAGCUACAAGGACAAUUGUGCAUGGUUAUUUUUCCUCUGUGGUCAUAGGGUCACACACCCAUCGGUCUCCUGAGUUGUACAGUUUUGCAGCAGUUUUUCAGAACAAUACUCCUCAAUUUCUGGAAGAUCUUUUCCAUAAUAUCGUCAGACACUAAUAUUAACAAUCUGAGCCUGUCAGCGGCAAAAACAAGCACUUUUAGUGAACGUCAUGUUACAUUGACAGGAUGCAAUUUCCCUUCCAACCAGGCGACUGCAGCACUCUCACUCAAUACUGGACCAGUUUCAACAGUUGUUAUGCCCUUCAGUCACUUAGACAGAAAAACAUGGUAAAAUUAGAUCCAGGUUUUACAAAACAAAGUUCCCUUUUAAGUUUUACUUAAAUACUAGUAUAUAACAUAUGCACAAGUUGCAAACCUUGUCUUAAUCUAAAGGGGAUCUCACCAGAUUAUUACUCCACAUCUGAAAUCAGCACAAAUGUUCUUCUAACUUGUUAAAUAAUUUUGCUGAAUGUGGCUUUGAAUUGAGUUAUUGUCUAAAUGUUCCCUCUUUAGAGAUUUUUUAUCAUCUUUUAUGUCCCUGUACUGUCUCAGCCCAGCUGCUGUAAUAUUCUUUGGAAUAAUAAUAAGGACUUCAAACUAUAUUUUAAGCUGUUUGUGAUUGUAAACGAAAGGAUAGCUGUUUAAUGCCUUAUUAAGGGUUACAAUAUUUAUAGCCAACUGAAUACAGUAUAAUACAGUAUAUAUAUAAAGUUUUAUGGUCAGUUAACUGUAUUGAAUUAAGUGACAGUUCUACAUAGCUUGACUUUUGUUGUGUUUAUUAUGUUUCUAAAUUAAAAGGGUGAAACUUUCACAGCAGUCUGGUGCAGUUGUAUCACAUUAUUGUGUUUUUGCCUUUUUGCCUGUGUUUUUAAGAUUUUGUAAUUUACAAUAAUAUAUCAGAGAGGACACACUGGCAGGUGCAGAUAUGUGUAAUUAUGAAAUUACAGAGAGAAAGUUGUGUCUAAUCCUGUGGUCAUUUUUGUGCCAAAACACCUUCUGCUGCUGUGCUUUUUUUUUAAAGAGCAGACCAGUGUUGCGGAGUGUACAUUCAGAGCAUCACAUUAAAUGUGACCCGUGGUGUUAAUCUCUCCUCUCUCACCUCCUGACACUCCUGAUAAAGAGGCCCUUAGUGCUGUGGAGAACAGGAGUGCUCAUCUCACAUAAGCUAAGCAAAGAUAAAUGAGAAUAUAAACUCAUGUCUAGGUUCAUUACAGUCAUCAAUCAUCACAGAGCAGCACAGGUUAAAGUAUAGGUCACCUGUUGAUGAGGCUGUACAGCAGAUACAACUAGUUUUAACCAUUAGUUUAAUUAAAAUGUAAAGUAUACCAUGAUCUGUAUCAUUAACGGUAAAUUGAAACCAGCAAUGUAUCAACCUAAUUUUUUUCCUUUUUUGCCAUCCCUAUCCUUGUAAUAAAAAUGAUAUCUUUUC